UGAAAUUUAUGCCGUUGUGAUGACGCAAUGGAUUGCAGCCUCAAGUGGGCACUCUUCAAUACAAAGACGAGCACACUCGCACCUACCUGUGAGGCUGCAAAUAGCGCGACAACAAAACCAAAAUCUAGUGCUACAACAACAGCAACGGCCCUUACGGCUACGGCUGAGGCAAAAUCACAAAUCAACACAAUUAAAAUACGAGAAAGGCCAAAAAUUGCCAAAACUACGCAAAUAUCUCUACGGCUUUGGCACAUAUUGCAUAACUGGAAAAUAAGCUCAUUUAUCGCCACAAAAAUCACCACCACCACCAGCCCAACCAAAGCUAGCAGAGGUGGUGUCACGAGCGCCUUGUUCUCGCAAAGACUUUGUGCCCACGGAUGCGUCAACAAAUCCAAUACACGCAUGCUGCGAAGGAGUAAGCGAAUUUAACGGCAUCCACCUGCUUCCAUCAGCGACUACACUUAGUCUGAGAGAGCGGAACACUAAAUACAUAUAAAGGCUCUAAAGGAAAAACAAUAACAAACGGACAAAAAACGGGUACAACGACAAAUGCUGUUUUAGAGGAAAUAUUUUAAGCGAAAAAAGGAGCAACCAAUCUAAAAAAAAAAAUGAAACAUUCGAAUAUUUUUAUACACAAAGACAUGAUGGAGUUUGGCUAAAAAGAUUUUGGUGCACUUAAAAUCGAAAUCAAGAAUAAAGAAGCUAUUACAAAAAAAUACAGAGGUAGAACAGAAAAACCAAACUUUACAUUACCACUACUAAGCUAUACUCUCGUCUACGUGCGAAUUCAAUUAAAUCUUUGUCACGAAUUGAUUCGCCGCCUUUGCCACGUCUCGUCUUGACUUAAUUAAAUCCAACUAAAUCAAUUUGACUCUAUUUGAGCUGCGGCAGAUUUCACGCCAAUUGGAAAUUGAACAGCAACCAGCACCACCGACUUGAAUACCAAGAAAGCUACAUACACAGUCUCUCCAUAGCGACAUAAUCGUUGCAAGGAAUCUCAAAUUCAGCGAGCCCGCAAUAAUUCGCGCUGACCCUGGUGAAUCAAGCCAACAAAAUAAAUUCCCCAACGAAGCAGACGUUUUCGCGCAAAUUGUGCCAAUCAAGGCGCAAUUGUUCAUUUGUGCAGUGGCCAUGGAGCCUCCUGGCGGCUUGCCGCCGGACAGAGACAGACAACUAGUGCUGCGCCCUCAGCAGCAGCAGCAGCAGCAGCAACUGGUGCCUUUGGUGUCGCAAGUGAAGCCAACUCUAGCACUGAAUCUUCAGCAGCAGCAGCAGCAGCAAACGCACUCGACGGCCACCACAUCGCCGGCUGCGGUUGGUGCAGCUGCCACAGUGACUGCGACCGUUAGUGCGGCAUCGCUCAACACGACCAACGCACUUGUGCGCGCUCUCAGCGGCGAUGCUGUGUGUGUAACCGCAGCGGGCGGUAGUGGCGUGGUGCCAGCGAGCACCAGUCCUGCGCUGGCAACCGCAGCCAUAGCGAUAUCGGGCACCACUCAGGCGGCCACUGUGUUCAGCGGCAGCGCCGUAGGUGUACAGCACUAUCAUCAGCCACAUCAUACACCCAACCAUCCACAUCCACCGCACACGCACCACUUGCCAGCGCAUCCGCUUCAACCGUAUGGCGUUCAGAACUCAUCGUCGACCUCGUCGCUGCUUGGCGGCAUCUCGAGCGGCAGCUCCAGCACUUCGAGCGGUGGACAGACCAUUGAAAAGCUGUCACGUCCGAUGGCAUUUGAUAAGAUGGAGACGAUCGUACGCGCCAUGCAGACGGACUAUGGAGAGAAUAAAAAAGCCGUGCCGGUGCGCAUGCAGAAGGGUUUCCUCAACAAUAUUCCAUCUGCCUUUAUGGGCUAUGAUCUUGUCGAGUGGCUGAUGGACCGUUUGCUUUGUGAGGAGUCUGAAGCAUUAAACAUAGCCAACCAACUUUGCUUGCAUGGCUAUUUCUUUCCCGUUCAUGACACCAAAUCACUCGCAGUCAAAGAUGACUCUUCACUAUAUCGCUUUCAGACACCAUACUAUUGGCCCUGGCAGCACAAGGCACCGGACAAUGUAGAGUAUGCCAUCUAUCUGACCAAGCGUUCACUGCGCAACAAACAACGCCACGCAUUGGAGGAGUACGAGGCUGAAGCCUUAGCAUCGCUGCACAAGAGUCUCAAAGGUAAAUGGGACUUCAUUUCAAUGCAGGCUGAGGAACAGACGCGGUUGGCUAAGGAGCGAAAGAAGGGUGACAAGAUCGUCAGUGAUUCACAAGAACGCGCCUAUUGGCGUGUACACCGUCCACCGCCCGGCCAGUUUACUCCCCUGGAGCCAUGCCCCAUACCGUCACGUGAUCGUUUGGGAUCCAAGCCGAACAAGAAGAAGACUAUAGAAGAUGUGCAGCGGGAAGUGGACUAUCUCCGCAAAUCACUCAAUCGCACGCGCAUGAAGAUGUCUCAGGCCUGCGAAUCGCUGGUCGCCUAUUCGGAGACGUUCGCCGAGUAUGACUUCUUUUUCCAGCCAGUUUUGCCGUCGAACCCAUGGGUUACGGAAGACACCACUUUUUGGCAGCUGAACAACAGUUUCGUCGAUGCACCCACGGAGAAACGUGUGAAACGUUGGGCGAUUUCUAUCGAGGAGCUGGUUUCCGAUCCCACUGGCCUGCAGGAGUUCACCAGCUUUCUGGAAAAGGAGUACUCGCACGAGAAUAUACGCUUCUGGAUUGCAGUUAACCGUUUGCGGCGUUCAGCGCACUCGCAGGUUGCGCGCAAGGUCAACGAAAUUUACGAAGAGUUUCUGAAGCCGGGCGCACCAUGCGAGAUCAACAUUGACGGCAAAACGAUGGAAAGUGUACUGAAAGGACUGAAAAAUCCCUCUCGUUUUACUUUUGACUCCGCGUCCGAGCACAUCUACAUGCUGCUGCUAAAGAAGGACUGCUAUCCGCGCUUCAUACGCUCCGAUCACUACAAGCGUCUUCUGGAGUCUGGCGUGCAGCCGUUGCAAAACAAGAAGCGCUUCUUUAACUUCGGUGGCGUCGGUGCUGGCAAAAAGAAGAUGACUGCGGCGCUAUCCAGCCAACCGAAUCUUGGAAGCGUGACAACUACAAAGAAUGCUGGCGGCGGUGGUGUGUGCUCUUCAAUGAUGCAAGCGCCGCCGCCCGGAAAUUUGGCACGACGGCGUGGCAGCGACCGCAGCCUCAGCGGGUCCGCACACGAGCUGGCUGUGAUUGGCGUAAAUAAGGACAUCACAACCAAAGUGCCACAUUCGCACUCGCAAAGCAAUCUGAGUGAAAUUCCCUACAGUAGUGAAGCCAUUUACAGGGGGGACAUGCCGCAACUCCAAGUCACGGAUGUCGCAACGCAGGCUCCGCCGCUCGGAAAUCGCGACAGCCCAACGAACAAUUUACGCUCCCAUCAAGAGACAUCCAAGGCGAAGCCCGCCCGACUAGAGACUACCGUCGAAAUGUCCAGUAGUGCAGUGUGCCCUUGGGAAACUUCUGAUGAGCCACCCACAACACAAGCACCGACACUACUUCAGCCAUCCCAAGUUAAGUUGUCCGUGUGUCCGUGGGAGCAGGAGAGUGCGCCUGCCAUUACUAGUGGCAAAGUAGCCAAAUCGGUCACACAGCGUCUCACCAGCACGUCUUCGGAUAUCAGCGAGGUUUCGGAUCGCUUGCCACGCAAUUUGGGAAUACGUCAUCAGAACACCGUCGAUAGCGGCGAAGCGAGUAAGCGUCUCGUGCCGAACUUCAGCGAACAACGAAGAGCUUCGAUGUCCUUCACGCCAUCUCGUAUAGCAGAAUACCAAUAUGGACAGACGUGCAUAUCUGCGAAGACAUCGUCUACCCCAUCGCCCACCGUGGGCAGUCAAAGUGUUGUGGACGCCACGCUGCCAACGCCAACGCCGCCGCUGCUCACACAAAGUAUUGCCACCAUUGCCACGGCGACCGCCAUUAGCAGCUCCUCUGGCACUAUUUCGAAGGAUCCACCUUCCAUAUCGGAUGUGGAAAUCGAAGAGGAACUCAACAAGUUGGCGAUAUCGCAACGCAACAGCGAAUCGUCCGCCUCCGAAAUGUCUGCAUUGCCACCCCCGACUCCCACACCUCCACCCAUGACAAAGGUGACACCACCACCGCCAGAUGACAGCAUCCCCACUUAUUAUCAGCCGGCUGAGCUAGUCUCAUGUGAGAGCCCACACAGCGAUUUGUUGUGUGGCGCGGAAGAGAGCGGUGGAAGUGGCAACAGUGACAAUGGCAGCUUAAUUAUAUCCGAAUCCGAUGUAGCGGUGCCGGUGCAAGAGGUGCAAAUUGAGCUUAUAGAAAGUUUCGACGUUCAGGAAGAAAAGAGCCCGCAGUUGCCAAAACCAACAAUACAAGUUGAUCAGGAGGUGGAACCGCUAGCUGCAACUGACGCAGGCGCAGAAGCACCGACCGAAGCAGAGGCCUCCGAUAGCGAAACUCAAAAGACGCCCACACCAAGCCUUGGAAACUCCACGCAAGUAACGCCUGUAGCGGAGCAAACGCUUCCACCACUUUUCAAUACUUCCGAAGUGCAGCCUGCGGCCCAAGCACACAUAACACAAAUGUUUGCGGAUGCAAUGCCAAUGGCCGUCUCAAUGAUACCGCCACCGCCACCGCCUAUCGGUCCGAUGGAGGAGGAAGAGCAACUGCGCAUGGAAGAGGAAAUCGCAGCCGCACAAGAGACCCAAGAAGAGCUGUCACCCACUACCGACGAGUACCAAGAAGGUCUGCAGUUCGACGGCGACGACAAGGAGGAUUACGAUUACGACAUCAUAGACACCGACACACAAGCUGGCUAUAUACCGCCCGCACCGACACCGGCACCGUCUAUGGCGCCACUAGCCGAAAUGGAUAUAGAUACAGUGGAUGACGAUGAGCCAUGCGAGGAGAUCGAGCCAAUGGUUGAAGUGGAAGAGCUGCCAAAAACACCAACAGCUGAAACAGUUAUGCCAGCGAUUGUCGAAACUAUAGUGCCAGUUAUCGCAGAGGAGGUGAAGAAACGGCGUAAGAAACGCAUCGUAGAUGGCAGAAAGCCACACUCCGUAGAUGAGAAAGAGAAGGCAAGCACAUCGGCGGCAGGUGGCGCGACGACGGAGGCCAGUGGUGGCACGAAUAACCAAGCUGACCGCAAUGCGGUGUGCCCCUGGGAGGAUGAAAACGUAACCACCAGCGAUGGCACAUUUGUAAAAACCUAUGCUACGCUCGGGUAUUUAUGAAUAAAGCAGAACCUCUUCAAAUCUAUAGUUACCAAAAUACUGAGAAAAAAGAAAAAUCAAAAGAAAUAACAUUUGUUUGCAUCGCAAAUUUACACACACACACACAUACUUAUAUAC